AUGUCUUCAUCACUAGCAGAGAAACUAAACGUCAAGAUUGUUGAACAAAAGCCGGUCACUGUGACCUUGCCAAACGGUCUAACCUACGAACAACCAACCGGUUUGUUCAUUAACAACCAAUUCAUCAGAUCCCAGGAUGGUAGCACUUUGAAGGUUGAGAACCCAUCCACCGAAGAAAUCAUCGUUGAGGUGCAAUCUGCCACCGCUCAAGAUGUUGAGUAUGCAGUUGAAAGCGCUGAAGCUGCUUUCAACUCCGAAUGGUCUUCUAUGGAUCCAAGAAACCGUGCUGCAUACUUGGUCAAGUUGGCUAACUUGAUUGAGGAAAAGAAAGAAUUGAUUGCCUCCAUCGAGUCCACCGAUAACGGUAAAGCUUUGGCAUUGGCCAGAGGUGAUGUUGGUUUGGUCAUUGACUACAUCAGAUCCGCCGCUGGAUAUGCUGACAAGCUAGGCGGUAGAACCAUCGACACUGGUGAUGGUUACGCUAACUUCACCUACAGAGAACCAAUUGGUGUUUGUGGUCAAAUUAUCCCAUGGAACUUCCCAUUGAUGAUGCUUUCCUGGAAGAUCGCCCCAGCUUUGGUUGCCGGUAACACCGUCAUCUUAAAGCCAGCUUCCCCAACCCCACUAAACGCCUUGUUCUUUGCCUCCUUGUGUAAGGAAGCUGGUAUCCCAGCUGGUGUCGUUAACAUCGUCCCUGGUCCAGGUAGAUCUGUCGGUGACACCAUCACAAACCAUCCUAAGAUUAGAAAGAUCGCAUUCACUGGUUCCACUGAUAUCGGUAGAGAUGUCGCUAUCAAGGCUGCUCAAUCUAACUUGAAGAAGGUUACCUUGGAACUAGGUGGUAAGUCCGCUCACUUGGUGUUUGCCGACGCCAACAUCAAGAAGACUAUUCCAAACUUGGUCAACGGUAUCUUCAAGAACGCUGGUCAAAUUUGCUCCUCCGGUUCCAGAAUUUACGUCCAAGAUACCAUAUAUGAUGAACUUCUAUCCGAAUUCAAGAAGUAUCUGGAAACCGAAAUCAAGGUCGGUUCUCCAUUCGACGAAUCUAACUUCCAAGCUGCUAUCACAAACAAGGCUCAAUUUGAAACCAUUUUGAACUACAUCGACAUCGGUAAGAAGGAAGGUGCUAAGAUUCUAACGGGUGGUGAAAGAGUCGGCAACAAGGGUUACUUCAUCAGACCAACCGUAUUUUACGAUGUCAAGGAAGACAUGAGAAUCGUGAAGGAAGAAAUCUUUGGUCCUGUCGUGACUAUCUCCAAGUUCUCUACUGUUGACGAGGCUGUCGCUCUUGCCAAUGACUCUGAAUUCGGUUUGGGUGCUGGUAUCGAAACUGAAAACUUGUCUGUUGCAUUGAAGGUCGCUAAGAGAUUGCAUGCAGGUACCGUUUGGAUUAACACAUACAACGACUUUGACGCUGCUGUUCCAUUCGGUGGUUACAAACAAUCUGGUUACGGUAGAGAAAUGGGUGAAGAAGCUUUCGAAUCAUACACCCAAGUCAAGGCUGUCAGAAUCAAGCUCGAGUAA